AGGAAAAGUAAAUCACUGGAAAACCCAUUUUUGUCUUUUAAAAAAACAUAUCUUUCUCUACAAAUCUAUUUUCCUUCAAUUACCCAAACUCAGAUUCCAAUUCAAAGAGUUUCAUAAAUAAAAAAAGUUCCUUUUUUUGUACUUCUCUUGCUUUUCAUUGGUUCUUCUUCUUCUUCUUCUUCUUCUUCUUCUUCUUCGUAUUUUAUUUAAUAAUUUUUGUUCGUUGAUGGUCAUCUAAAUUCAUUUCGAACUAUAUUAGACGAGAGUAACUUGUACUUGUUUCAUCAGUUAAAAGAUGGUUGCCUUUGGGAAGAAGUUGAAGGAAAGACAAAUUCAAGAAUGGCAAGGAUUUUACCUAAACUACAAAUUAAUGAAGAAGCGAGUCAAACAGUAUGCUCAACAAAUGGAAGUUGGGACACAAGAUCGCCGACAUGUUCUCAAGGAUUUCUCGAGAAUGUUGGAUAAUCAGAUUGAGAAGACUGUCCUUUUUAUAUUGGAGCAACAAGGCCAACUUGCAAGCAGGUUAACAAAUCUUAGAGAACAACAUGAUGCACUCGAGGAGACGCCGGAAAUAUCCCAAAUAACAGAACUUAGAGAGGCUUAUAGAGCAGUCGGACAAGAUCUGUUGAAGCUUCUCUGUUUUGUUGAAAUGAAUGCUAUUGGUUUGCGAAAGAUAUUGAAAAAAUUUGACAAACGCUUUCGCUAUAGAUUCACCGAUUACUAUGUCAAAACUCGUGCUAAUCAUCCUUAUUCUCAGCUACAACAAGUGUUCAAGCAUGUGGGUUUAGGGGCUGUUGUUGGAGCAAUAUCUCGUAAUCUUCAUGAACUUCAGGAUCGUCAAGGAAGCUACUUAUCAAUUUACGAUCCUCCAGCCCUUCCUCUCCAGGAUCCAGUGGUUGAUUCGAUAAAUGCAGCUGUGGAUAGGUUAAGUCACUCGACAAACUUCCUUAACUUUCUGGCACAACAUGCCCUCAUUAUGCAAGAAGAGCUACCUGCUCCUACCGAUGAACGCAUUGAUGACGAGAGAUACCAUUUUAUGUCACUCCUAUUGAACUUAGCAAACACAUUCCUCUAUAUGGUCAAUACAUAUAUUAUCGUCCCCACAGCAGAUGACUACUCAAUGAGCCUUGGAGCUGCUGCAACGGUUUGUGGUAUUGUUAUCGGGGCAAUGGCUGUUGCACAAGUGUUUUCUUCCGUGUAUUUUAGUGCAUGGUCUAAUCGGUCAUACUUCAGACCUCUUGUAUUUAGCAGUAUUGUCCUUUUCGUGGGGAAUACCAUGUACGCAUUGGCUUAUGAUAUGAGCUCAUUAACAGUUCUAAUACUUGGUCGGCUUUGUUGUGGAUUGGGUUCGGCUAGAGCUGUUAACCGUCGUUAUAUCAGCGAUUGCGUACCAUUAAAAAUCCGGAUGCAGGCAUCGGCUGGUUUUGUUAGUGCCAGCGCUUUGGGGAUGGCUUGUGGUCCUGCUCUUGCCGGCAUACUUCAAACAAAUUUCAAAAUUUACAAGUUGACAUUUAAUGCAAACACUUUGCCGGGAUGGGUUAUGGCUGUAGCUUGGCUUGUAUAUCUCGUUUGGUUGUGGAUCUCAUUUAAAGAACCGUCCCGUGAUAUAGAAGAACCUCCUGCAUCUAAUUCUGAAACAGUAGAAAACGUUGCACUCGAGGAAGGUAAACAACCGUUGCUGAUUACUUCAGAAGAGAAACAAGAAGAUGAUGAAGAUCCAGAAGGUGACGGAAGUGAAGAAGCUCCUGAGGAAUCUCGUAAGCCUGCUACAUCAAUCGUGUCAGCUUAUAGACUACUUACACCCUCAGUAAAGGUUCAGUUGUUGAUAUAUUUCAUGCUCAAAUACGCAAUGGAAAUUUUACUCUCAGAAUCUAGUGUCAUCACGACUUACUACUUCAGCUGGUCUACAAGCACAGUUUCUAUCUUUCUUGCAUGUCUUGGCUUAACAGUCCUUCCCGUAAAUAUUGUUGUUGGCAGCUACAUUAGCAAUAUGUUUGAAGACAGGCAAAUUUUAUUGGCAUCUGAAAUUAUGGUUUGCAUAGGCAUAUUGCUUAGCUUCCAUAUGAUAAUACCAUACACUAUACCCCAAUAUGUUUGUUCCGGGCUCAUAAUGUUUGUUUCGGCCGAAGUGCUUGAAGGUGUCAACUUGUCACUGCUUUCUCGAGUAAUGUCAUCAAGGCUAUCUCGCGGAACUUACAAUGGCGGACUGUUAUCAACAGAAGCCGGGACGAUCGCUCGAGUGAUUGCCGACGCCACGAUAACGUUGGCAGGAUACUUAGGUGAGAGUCUGCUUUUGAAUAUCACUCUUCUUCCUUCAUUUCUCAUAUGCGUUGCCUCUAUUGUUGCUACAUGCUUUACCUACAACUCCUUGUAUUGAUCAAAUUCAAAGCCAAAUGAAAAAAAGGAAAAAAAAAUUCAUUAUUCCGUUCACAAUUCAGUGACAUUUUGUUUCCCUGUUCAAUUAUUUGUUUAUUAAUGAAAAAACUUUGGCAUUGAUUAUCCUA